AAGAAGUGAAUUGAAAAAGAAAACCGACUGGAAGAGUAAAGGCAAAAAGAACAUCAAUGGUCCAAAAAACGUAAAUCCUCCUUUGAAUAAAACCGACAAUAAACCAAAGGCUGCAAAAUCAUCUAAAAAGGAAAGCAAAAACCCAAGCCUGAAAUACGUUGGAAAUAACCAGUAUGACAAGGAAAAUGGAAAUAAGAAACAGAAAAAUAAGGCAGAGAAAGAGAAAAUGAAGUCGAGAAAGAUAAACAAAAAGGGCAAUAAAGUUAAACAAGAUAAGGGUGAGAUAGGGGAACGCAAGCAAACUAAAUUAGUAAAGCCUACCAAGAGGCCUAAGAAAUUGGAGGCUGGGACAAGAAAGAAGGACACAAAGCCAAAGAGACGAAAUUGCAAGAAAACCUCGAAGAAGUGUAGUAAAGUAGAUGGCACGUGCGUGAAAUUAGGCAAAUGCAAGACGGAAGCUAUGGCAGGCUUGUGUAAGGGAGCAUCGUGCGAGUGUUGCGUAUCAAGUUGCUACACAAAACUUAAAAGAAAAUGUCAGAAACAAGGAGGUACGUGCAAAAAAAAUUGCGAGAGUAAUGAAAAGAUAGUGAAGAAAGGCUGCAAGGGCAACAAAUGCGUCUGCUGCGUAAAGAAAGAAAAGUGCGCGAUAAAGAAGUGCGAGGGAGGUAAAGGAAAGUGCGUCGCCAAGAAGAGCAAAUGCAAGGGCGAAAUAAUCAAAGGGAAACAAUGCAGAGACAAAAACCCUAAAAAUGGAAAGAUUGGAAAGUGUCACUGCUGUAUUCCUUCAACACCAGUAACUACUCAAAUCCCCACAACAGUGACUUCCAAAGCGCCCAUUGUGACAACUAUUUCGACAACAAAAAUUCCACCAACUCAGCUGACAGACUCUACGUCAUCACAACCUACUGGAACAACCAGCCGUCCUAUCACCACCACAACCUUGCCAGUAACUACGGCAAUGUCCUCCCCUGCAACAACUACAGCAGCGCCAGCAACUUCAACUGUUUCUCUGAGCCCACCUACAAGUACUGCACCUACAACGCAGCCGUCAGCUUCCUCGGCAGAAUCUACCACAGAAGCAGCAGAGCCCACCACUGUCUUGACUUCUACCUUAGCAGCCACUACUACGAAAAUAGGCGAACCCACAACUACAACUGCAGCACCAACAACUACAGCAGCUCUGACUACCAGUACAAACCCAGAGACAACUUCAACAGGAACAAUUCCUCCAACAACAACAGUUCCACCAACAACGACCACAACAUCAAAACUAAGCACAGUAGCACCAACGACAACCACAACAGUAGCACCAACCACUACCACUGCAGCUACAACAACCACAACAAUUCCACCAACAACUACAAAACCAGAAACAACAACUACGUCUGCAUUAACAACAACCACGGCCUCAGUAACUCCAACAACUUCACGAUGAAAUCAAAGUGGUAUCAUUAUUACAAGAAAACGACAUCGGUGAAGUUGUGAAAGUGGUUUCGUGACAAAUCAGUUGUAAUUUGAUUAGUGAUUUUCUGUAACCUCUUAUUGUUUAAGCAACUAAAUAAUUCCCUUCUCGAGUCCUCUCAUCUAGGUGAGAGAAGAUUCCAUGCACGUAUGCAUUAGAUUUGUAUGAGCAUAAUAAACUUGGCUAACGCCACACCA